UUAUAUCUCAUAACAAUUGACAGAAAUGUAUGUGUUUAUAUGUAUUUUAUGCUUAAGAGUAUUCAAGAAUUUAAUUGUUUUAACAAUUGUAGCGAAUAAUACAUCAUAAACUUUAGAUUUUUUUAGAAAUAUGUUUGGCGUACUUCGAAGAACAUUGCAAAUUACAAUAUCAUCAAGCAAGGCAAUCCAACCUCUAAAUGGACUACACAAAUUUUUUCAUUUAUUAUCGAUAUCACAACCACAAACAAAUUUAUUGAAUAAAAAUUGUAAUUUACUGCAACCAACGGUACCAAAUCUAAUAUUCAAUUGUGGUUUUAAAGUAAAAGGUCGAUUACGGCGAAGAUGUAAAGAUUGUUAUUAUGUACGGCGAAAAGAACGACUAUAUAUUAUAUGUGAAACACAUCCGCGUCACAAACAAAUGUCAAUGAUUAAAAAGGAGCACAACACAUGGAUGUUAUCGCAUGCAACACAAUCGAAAAUUCGACCUUUUUAGAAAUGUUAUUGUUACCUUUUUAUUAUUAAACAUUGUUAGAAAAGAAAAUGUGUAA